AUGAAGUUCAUCGCGACCCUCGCCGCUGGCCUCCCCCUUGUGGCGGCAGCUCCCCAGGGCCCCUUUGCCAAGGCCAACAGCACGUCCAAGGACCUCGUUCUCGACCAAGCCCCCAACACUUCUCAGCCCUACGUCCUCCGCAAGGGUGCUGGCCGCGCCGUCUCGGUUGGCGACCAGGUCUACCGCUUCUCCGUCACCGGCAAUGCCUCCGCCGGCGCCUUCACUCUGAUGCAGACCAACGCCCCCGGAUCGACCGAGCUGGGCGUUCUUCCUCACAUCCACAAGGCGCACUACGAGAACUUCUACUGCUCCAAGGGCCAGUUCCAGCUCUGGGCCAAGACCAACUCGUCCGGAGAGCAGGCCCGCCUCCUGACCCCGGGCGACUACGGCGCGGUGCCCCACAACACCAUCCACACGUUUCAGAUCACCGACCCGGACACCCAGCUCACGGGCGUCAUCCAGCCCGGCGGCUUCGAGGAGCUCUUCGUCGCCAUCGCCAACUCUGAGUUCAACUCCUCCACCGGCUCCGAGUUUGUCCCCGCCACCUCCAACAGCUCUGCCGGCUCCAACCCCGACCUCAUCUCUGCCCUCGAGGCAUUUGACGUCUACGCGCAGCUGGACUACAGCCCCCGCAGAGACCUGGUGAACGGCACCGCCGGCGGCGCGUCGACUUGGCACACCGCCGCCAACGAGCUGGCCGCCGACGCCGUCACACCCAACUUCAUCGCCAAGAACCGCGGGCCCAAGUACCUGAACGCCGACGGCGGCAUCUACCACCUCAUCGCCCCCUUCGCUACCGGCAACCAGACCGCCGGCAACUUCACCAUGGGAACCGCUACCAUCAGCCCCCUGCUGUCCAACCAGACCGCCACCGAGGCGAACCUGAAGCAGCCCGUCGCCUUCCAGCUCGAGGAAGGUGCCCUGGUCGUCGGCGUUGAGGGCUACGACCCCGUCACCCUGAUCCAGGGCGACGUCGUCUUCGUCCCCGCCAGCACCCCCUUCACCUACUACGCCUCGGCCGCCUUCACCAAGUUCCUCUACGUCAGCGGUGGCGGUGAAGGCUUCGACUACCAGCUUCUCCAGAACGCCAUCCCCUGGGAGUACGCCACGUACCCCAUCUACGCCGGUCUGACUGUCCAGUAG